AGGGCAAUUGCGGGAAUUCAGUUAAACUGUGCGGGUUCCCUCCCGCCAAUGCAGAAUUAGUCCCAACGGUCUGCCCUGUUCUUGACCUUGUAAUCACAAGUAUUCGUUUAAAUCGAAAUUAAACUGGAAUUAAGAUCAAUAGUAAAUGAAAACACAGCCAAACGCACCCUAAUUGUUUGAUAGUUAUAAAAUUAACUAAUCAAAAGAAAGCUUUAUGCGUAAAGCUAGCGAGAGUGUAAACGUAAUCUCAAUUCUCUUGCUCCCGUGAAUGCCAACCAUGGCUACCGGCGUCACUGCAGCACUCGUCCUCCUCCUCGCCCUGGUUGCACAUACGGAGGCGCCGACUUCCCCGACGGCGACAGGUGGCUGCACCGACGAGCUGCUGUCGUUCUCAGCGUGUCUUUCAUACGUGUCGUCCCCGCCCAACGACCUCAACGAGAGACCUUCCGCCAACUGCUGCGCCGCCUUCAACUCGGCGGCGGAGUCCGGCGGCGCAAUCUGCCUGUGCUACUUCGUACGCUACCCUAACAUCCUCGGGUUCCCUAUCAACUCCACAAGGCUCAUCUCGCUUUCUUCCAUUUGCAAUCCAACUCCUCCUCUUUCCUUAAAUUUCCUUUGCUCAGCAUCACCGGCUCUGCCACCUCUCAACAGCGCAGCGACACUGGGAUUCACCAUAUCUGGGAUCCAGGGUGGCGGUGGAGGAAGUUCAACAGCACCUAAGAUUGGUGGUAGGUCACCAAGAAGCGUUGGAAGAGGAAGGCCGUUUUUCUUUCCAUUGUCGUCAAAUGGAAACGGCGCAGCUUCAACACACUUGUGCAGCAGCAACUCUCUGCUACUACUCUCAGUAGCACUUGCCAUCUUUUUGUCACUCCUCAACACUCAAUAGUGUAUAGUGCUCAAUGUGUAUGCGUAAGUAUUACCCUUCAUAACUGGUUGCUACGUAGCAUGAUUUUCUUUACUAUCAUUGCUUUCAGUAGCAGUUGUAUAUACGUGACUAGUUGGUAGUCUAUAUCAAUAUCAUUGAAUCACACUUUUUUGCUAA